AUGGGUAAAUUCUGCAUAGAGAGAGAAGCUCGCCUUGGAAAUGCCGUAAAAGCAUACCAGGAGCAUGAUGAAGCAAGAGUCGCAGCAUUCCGGGAGUUCGAUAUUCCGUACCACCUACUUCGCGGACGAAUCCUCGGCACCGGUCCUCCCACAGGGUCCGGCAAAGUUCUUAGCCCUGCCCAAGAGGACGAACUGGAUCAGUGGAUGGUCUCCCUUGAGACUGCCUUCACUCCUGCUACCCCUGGGGCAUGGUAG